CGUGAGGAAGACCUAAGACCUUCCUCGCGCUUGUAACAUAGUGCAAAGUUUCAGCGCGAAAUUUUGCAUACUAGGUAUUUUUACGAAUUGAUGAACACGAAAAAACUGUAGCACUAACAUAAGUAGAUCACUCUGACGAUAUUCAGGGAAGAUGGCAGAAGAGGAGAGUGAGGAUUACCAAAUUAAACAGCCCCAUGUUUCCAUCCUCCGGAGUGACGAGAGUCCCCGUCUGACGGGGUGCACUGACUGGUCCUGUGGCUGUCACAAACACCACUGCCCAAUGUGUACACUAGAACACUUCAAACCUUCCAACAAGACACAGACUCUAAAACACCUGAGCUGGCACUUCAGGCAUAGCUACAAGUAUAAAGGUUUGAUCAUAUGUGAGUGCAAACUUGAUUGUCCUGGAACAGGCAAGACAUUCAAACGUGGCCACUUCCACUGUCCCGAAUGUGGAGACACGAUGGCAUCAAAGCCACAGAUUGUCAACCACAUUGCAGUGCUGCAUGAAGGCAAGGCACCACCAGAAAAAGAGGGGCGGAGGAUACUGGUUUCUCAGUUAGGUGCUAUGUCUAGGAAGCGAAAGUACUUGGCUGUAGAUGAAGAAUUUGUACCACGAAAGUCUUCGAGAACUCGUAAGACUAUUGAUUACAAUGCUCUAGCAGAAGAUGGUAUAAAAAAGAUAAGGAAAGGAAUUAGCACUGAGGCAGAACAAGAAGAAGCAAAAGAAGUAGUAGAAGAAGAGAAGGAAGAAGAAAAGGAACACGUAGAUGAAACUGCAGAUACAAAAAUAGCAGCUUUGGCCAAGGGGACGGUCACUUCGGUCAAGCACCCUCACAUCUCACUGGUCAGUGGUCAGCAGGAUUUGGUCAGACUUAGCAUCUGCGACCCCGAGUUUUGUGACUGUGGUGGACGCCACUGCCCACUGUGUCCAGUGGCCGCAUUCCAGCCAACUGUCAAUAUGGAGGAGUUUUCCACGCAUAUCAGUGGCCACAUGGACAAUUCUGUGCCUUAUAAAGACAAGAAACUUGUGAGCUGUCAGCUGGGGGAUAUCUAUCCCAAUCCCAGUGAGAAGGCCUCCCUCCACUGGCACUGUCCUGAGUGUGCUGCCACCUGUCUUGAAAGAGACCUCUUCAUAGACCACCUGCUGGGGCACUUGGAACCGGCUCAUCUUGAUGGAAGUGUGGAAGUACCAUCUGGUGGAGAAAAUGAUGAGGCAGAUGAGCCCAGUGAUGAUAAAUCUGCAGAGCUGAAAAAGGGUAGUCUUCUUCAUAUCGCAUUUCCUCACAAAAGCAUCGUCAAGUCUGUGGAUGAGUUGGUGGCUUCUUGUGAAGAUGAUACUUGCAUGUUGCUGCCCUCUGGUGAGCAUGCUCGGUGUAACCUGCUGCAUUGCGCUGUGUGUCCCAAUGAACAUUUCAAGCCAGUCAAAUAUAAGGCAGCUCUUCUCAAGCACUUGCAGUGGCACAUAAAGUUUGCUUUAUGGUACAAAGAUGCAUAUUUGGUAGUUUGUAAACAAGGGUGUUCAUCCCACAAGAGUGUGGCCCAUUUUCACUGUCCACAUUGUGGCCAGACUGUGGUCAAGAAGAAGAACCUUGUUGCUCAUAUGCUUGUACACUGUGACCUUCCAGUCACCUCUGACCUUUCAAAGGUCACAGAACAUCCCCAAGAUGAUAAGUUACCUGAGAACAGCCACCUUCCCGAUGAGGAGGAUGAAGAAGAAGAACCUCCUUCCAUGGAGUACAGCACUGUCCAGACCCUGGACAACACAGUUCAGUCUUUAGCAGCUGACAGGGGUCAAGAUGGGAGUGACCAGGGGGGCAAGGCUGUUAUUGAAGCCACCUCAGAGGGGGCAGGGCCAAAUAUUCAGACAGGCCAUGAUGCUAUAAGCCACCCCCAUAUCUCCCUGGUGACUGAUGUGGAUGACAUGCUGCGACAGUGUCAUAGAUGUAAUAAACGUGCUUGUCCAAGCUGCCAUGGGAAGCUAUUCCAUUGUCCAGUGUGUCCAGCCAAGGUCAAGCUGCACUCUGCACUGGUCACUCACAUAGAGUCUCAUGUAGCAGCAGCUGUCACCUUCAGAGGCAUAAAGAUCUGUCUGUGUAAGCUGAAGAGCUGCCUUCCCAAGCUAAAGACCAAAUCUGUUGGUCACUACCACUGUCCACUCUGUGGGUCAAUACAGGCCAAAGGGGUGCGGCUGAGAGCUCAUCUCAAAGCUCAUAAACUUGGGACUGUGCGGACACGAGACUCGGUUGCUGGCGUCCCUCGCAAGUCACGCCAGCAUUUGGAGACAACUCCCCAGCAGAGGGAGACACUGGAUUCCUUCCCGGUGCAGAACCCCGCCACGAUCGCCUCGGCCUAUGACCUUCUGACUGAGAGGUGUAAGAGAACCCAGUGUCACUGCAGAGGCUUCCACUGUCCGUUGUGUCCAGUGAAGUACUUCAAGCCGCCCCAGUCUGCCUCACAUCUUCUGAACCACGGGGAAAAUCACAUUAACCACUCCGUACCAUACAAAGGUGUGUAUCUCACCCUGUGUCGUAUGAAGUGUAAGCAGGGCACCACCACCUCACACUAUCACUGUCCAGAGUGUGGUGACUUGUUCCGCCGGCGACAUCUAGUGGUAGACCACAUGAAGAUCCACGACCCCACAUUUUCUUACAAACCACCUGUACCUGCUUCCUCUGCAACCAGCAAGGAGAAGGAAUCCACAAACAAACCAGAAGAAGAGAAAGAUGCUCCACUGACAGAAGCAGAUAUCUUUGUCUCAGUAACUGCCAUUGUUUCCAACAAAUUGUUUGCUGCUGUUGGCAUGGACCAGAAAGAGGUUUUACAGACUCUGACGGCUGAGACAGGAAUCUUGUGUGCCAUCAUGGAGGAUGGGCAAAACGUUAUCCAAGGAUCAUGGGAAGCCAUGAAUAAAGCUACCGAAAAAUUGAAAGUUAUGGCAGGGCUGACUGUAGAAACUGAAGCACCAGUAGAAAAACCAGCAGAUGAACCUGACUCAGAUAGUGGCGACGAGAGUGACCUCGACGACCUCAAUGGUGAGGGAGAUGACCCGGACUAUGACCCCAUAGAUGAUAGCUCCAGCAAGACCAACCGACGCUACCUAUGUGGUCUGUGCUCGUAUGAGACCGGAGAGGUUGCAGACAUGCAUAAACAUGUGCGCAGUGAGCACGAGGAUGCUUACAAGUGCCUGUUCUGUGGAAGGAUUGGAACGUCCGAGUAUGACCUAAAGCGCCACCUACAGACCAUUCACCAGGACCAUCCAGAGUUUGACAUCAAGAAGUCUGCUGAGGAACCCCCAGGAAGCAUGCAGUGUCCCAGAUGCACUUUUACCACCAAUGUGGAUAAGAUACUGUUCUACCAUACCCUGUUGGACCACUAUGAGAAAGGGAAGACAGUGACCAGACACUACCAGUGUACCCAGUGUCAGUAUUCCAGUAAUAACAUAGGGAACCUCAGGGCGCACAUUGGACGCAAACACCCCACUGAGAAACAUCUCUGUAACAUAUGUGGCAAGGAGUUUGGCUUUGAUUCAGAUCUCAAGGAACACAUCUCAGUUGUUCAUCAGAAGGAUAACUGUUGCGUGUGUGAUCUGUGUGGCAAAGAGUUUGCUUCUCGGCGUUACCUCCAAGCCCACCUGAAGCGCCAUCUAGGGAUUAAAAACCACGCGUGUCCUAUCUGUGGAAAACGGUUCAUGGAGAAGGUUCGCAUGCGUGAGCACAUGGAGACACAUCAGGAUGCUUCUGUCAGGGUGCUGAAAUAUGAAUGUGACAUUUGCGGCAAAAGAUUCGCAAAUGCUUUCUACGUGCGUGAUCACAAGAAUAUCCACACAGGGGAGAAGCCUCACGUGUGUCCUCACUGCGGUCAAGCCUACGCCCUGCGGCUCACUCUACGCAACCACCUGCUUACACAUCAGAACGAUAAGCCAUUCAAGUGUGAAGUAUGCCCCAAGGCCUUCAAAACUAAGGUAAAGUUGAAUUACCAUAUGGUAACUCACACAGGGAUUGGCAAGCACGAUUGCUCAGUUUGCCACAAGGUGUUCACACAGAAGUCAACUUUAAGGAGACAUCGUUGCCCUGGUUAUCCAAUGAAGAAGAGGAUGGCUGUACGAGGCACAGAACAGAUUGGUAAUAGCCAGGAUGUCAUACAGGUCCAUGUGGAAAACCAUCAGGAGGGUGCAGUGACCUUAGGUCAAGGUGACCAACAGCUCCUAAUCAUGGACGGGACAGAGGGGUCAGAGGUCAAGGAACAGGAACUGUACAUGUGUUCCAUUUGUAAUAACAUCUUCAUGAACUGGAAUGAAAUGGAAAGCCAUAUGCAAGAGCACAUAGGUGAAGGUCAGGGUCAAGGUCAAUCUCAAGGCCAGAUUGUCGGAGAGGCUGUUGGGGCACCCAUGGCUGGUAACAGUACUGAUGUCGUUUCCUCAGAAUCUAUAGAAAUGGCCAUUGCUUUGGCAGAGCUACCUGGUUCUGUUUAGAUCUUGCUUGGUAAAAUUGUGGAGCAGUAAAUGAGACUAGAGUUGUGAAGAAACACAUGAAUCGUACUUAAAUGAUUUCCCAUUUUGUAAUACUUAUGCAGUCUUCAUUGACAUGUUUUAAUGUCUGAACCAGUUUCUGAAUCACUAAAAAAUAUCUUUUUGUUAAGCUUAGAGCAUUUUGUAUUCUGUGAAUACACUGAAAGCUGUUGGUUUUAAGGAAGAAAACGGCCCUCUUCUGUGCAUCAUGCGUGAAGAUAAUGAACACAGUUAGGCAGUGUUGUCAUAAUAAUUCCCACACCAUGAUAACAGUCCACAUCCAUGGAAAAGAAUGCUUCAGUUAUUUGGUUCCUUUCUCUUUAGUUCAACCAAAAGGAAUAAUUCAAGAAUUUCACAGGUAGUUUAAAAUGUUGCAGUGGUAAGAGAGGUGAAACGGUCCGACAUUUAGUGUGGCAAAUAGUCUGUCCUACCUCAUCCUGGGGUCAGUUAGUUAAAGCCAUCAGUUAAGAAAUCUUUACUUUGUUAAAUGAACCAGUUCACUAGUAUGGUAUUUGAAAGUAGUAGUGGUAGUUUAAUGAACAAAUACUUUAAAUUACAUUCGGUAAUGACAUUAAUAGUCAAUAUUGUACCAGAAAUCAAAUUCAGGGACAUACAAUUACAAUAUAUGUUUACUUUAUUAAAAUAUGCCAUUGAAAUACCAAGAAUUUUACACCAAGUCUCACUUUGUCAUCAUAUUUGACAUUGUUUAAAUUUGACAUUUCAAGUAACUUAUUUGGAGCAAAUUAUUUUGAUUUAAAGCGCAGUUGUGUAACAUAUUCCCAUUUAUUAGAUUUUCCAGAAAAUGUUAAUAAAGUGGCUAUCUCCACAAAAUUUUUAUCAGUAAUG